UAUUAUCCACUCCACCAAGCUACAGUGCUACACGAUCAUCGCUCACUGAUGCGAAUAAAACCACGAGCUGGUUGCCAGCAAAACUGUAUUAGCACAAGUCCCCGUAUCGUCCCGGAGUCAAAGAACCAUGGAGAAGACCGUCGUCCUGUACCCCGGCCUCGUCGUGACCCACUUCGUCCCCAUGACGCACCUCGCCGGCGCCCUCCUCGAGCGCGGCUACGCCGUCACCGUCGCGCUCAUCGACGACCGUGGCGUCAACGAAGACGUCGCCUUCGCCGCCGCGGUCGCCCGCGCCGCCGCCUCCAUGCCGUCCGUCCGCUUCCACACGCUCCCGCGGGCCGAGGACCCGCCCGCGCUGGCCGCCGACGCGCCGUUCGUCCUCAGGUACUUCGACCUCGUCCGCCGCUACAACGGGCGCCUCCGCGACUUCCUCUGCUCCGUUCGCGUCCACGCCGUGAUCGCCGACUUGCUCAACGCUGAGGCGCUCGGCGUCCCACAGAGGCUCGGGAUCCCCGGUUACAUCCUGUUCACCUGCAACGCCGCCGUGCUCGCCGUCUUCGCCCAGCUUCCUACUGUCCGUGCGGUGGGCGGGGCGAGCUUCAAGGAGCUGGGAGAGACCCCUGUCGACUUCUUUGGCGUUCCACCCAUUCCUGCUUCCCACCUGUUCGGCGAAAUGCUUGUGGACCCAAACAGCGACAUCUAUAAGGCGACAAUGGCUUCGUUGUCCCAGAUCCCUGAUGCUGAUGGAAUCCUGGUGAACACCUUCGAGUCCUUGGAGGCUCGGGCCGUGGCUGCUCUCCGGGACCUUCGGUGUCUUCCUGGUCGGACCAUGCCUCCGGUAUAUUGUGUCGGCCCAUUUGCUGGUGGCCUCAGCAAGGCACCAAAAGAGCGGCACGAGUGCCUAGCCUGGCUAGAUGGCCAGCCGGACUGCAGCGUCGUGUUUCUCUGCUUCGGGAGUGCAGGAAACCACUCGGAGGAGCAGCUCAAGGAGAUCGCCCUGGGACUGGAGAACUCUGGCCACCGGUUCCUAUGGGUCAUACGAGCCCCCAUCAGCGACGACCCGGAUAAGCCCUUCGACGCCCUUGCCGAUCCGAACCUCGACAGUGUACUGCCAGAUGGGUUCUUGGAGCGCACCAGCAGCCAUGGCCUCGUCGUCAAGCUGUGGGCGCCGCAGGUUGAUGUGCUCCGCCACAGAGCGAUCGGGGCAUUUGUGACACACUGUGGGUGGAACUCGGUGCUGGAGGCCCUUAUGGCGGGUGUGCCGAUGCUGUGCUGGCCGCUGUACGCAGAGCAGAAGAUGAACAAGGUUCUCAUGGUUGAGGAGAUGAAGGUCGGUGUGGAAUUAGUGGGGUGGCAGCAGCGCUUGGUUAAGGCCAGCGAGUUGGAGGGCAAGGUGAGGUUGAUCAUGGAUUCUGAGGAGGGCAGGGAGCUCCGUCUGCGGGCAGCGGCACACAAGGAAGGAGCCGCUGCGGCCUGGGACGAUGGAGGCUCGUCUUGCGCCGCGUUUGACCGGUUCAUGUCGGACGCAGACAGUAGACAGCAUCAGGAUUGCAGUGGGGAAGUGAUCCAUGGGAGUUAUACAUGAGUCUGGCAUAAGGUAUCAUGGAAGUGAUCCAUGGGAGUUAUACAUGAGACAGCAUCAUCAGGAUUGCAGUGGGGAAGUGAUCCAGCGUGACAGUAGGCUCGUAAGAUGAUAUUAAGGUGGAGUUUGGUGCAGCCAGAAAUAUGGCCAGGUUUGAUAAGGAUCUUCGUGCCAUGCAACUCCAAGACUGCAUUUACACCGGUACUUCGAAAACGCAUUGUAUGGUACACUUCUUAGUUUUGGAAAAAUGUGAAAAAGUCUGAUUUAGACUCUGAAAAACAACAACAUCAAUGAGCUGGCUAGCUAUUGUACAUAUUGUUUUCCGAGUAAAGAGGUUCACCGCAACAA